GCGUGCGCAGAGCUCGCAUGCCCUUGGCUUUUAUUAACGACAGAAUCAUAUUUACACAGGAUGGGUUUUCUUCUCUCUAAAUCUAUGGAUCAGAGUCUCCAGAAGCAGCAGGAGUUCAUGUUGAUCAGCGGGAGAAUGCAGCUGGAGCGUCAGAUGCUGAUGCAGAACGAGAUGCGUGAGCGUCAGACGGCGAUGCAGAUCGCCUGGUCUCGAGAGUUCCUCAAGUACUUCUCUUCUUUCUACGGUUUAACUGCGCUGGGUCUCACCGUUGGAGCGGUGCGACAGAGGAGGGCAGUUCUCCUGGCUCCGGUCGUUCCUCUGAGCUUCAUCCUGGCGUAUCAGAUGGACGUGGCGUACGGGUCGCUGAUCCACCGCAUGAGAGCCGAGGCAGAGAGCAUCAUGGUCUCUGAGAGCGAGCGCCUGGAUCUUCCUCACGGGUCGCCCACGUUUGAGAGCAUCGAGAAAUCCCGACGUUCCCGAGCUCACCUGACGUCUCUGCUGGAGAAAUGAGUGCCAGUCCUGAUCAGUCCUAACGAUCCUGAUGAAUCCUGACGAACACGAAUCCUGACGAACACAAACCCUGGUGAAUCCUGACCAACACAAAC